AUGCUAUCUUCUGCAAGCAGCGCUGCCGCGCUGUGGAGCGCGUGCGGCAUCGUUGCGUUGGUCUGUGCCUUCUCCACCGCUCUCCUCUGUGUGACCGUGCGGCAGCUCUGCGGACGCGUCAACGUGAUGCAGCACGGCGCCGUCGCCAUCGCCAUCAUCCCGACAGCAUUUUUCCUCGGCCAUGUCUUGUGUGCCUCCUACAACGCACUGGGCGAGACCCUGCGGACGUUCGCCAAGGAGAACGCGCAAGAUCUGCCACAGCCGCUCUUCUACGUGAUUGCGGCGAUCCGCCCGCUCGUGGCGCAAGUUGGGCUGACGGAGGCGAUGUGGAUGGCAUGCUUGCUGUUUACUGCCUAUAGCGCCACGAAGGUGUGGCACCACUUGAUUGACAUUACGCGGCUACUAAAGGCGUCGCGGCGUCGGCUGCAGCUGCCCGAGAUGCGCGAGCUCCGCCGACAAGAGGAGGCGGCGACUACGAAAGGGCAGAAGCGGCGCUGA